AUGAACAGCAGUGACGUUGAUAUCAUUGUAGGGACGAAUAAGGAAAGGGAUCCCGAUGUCAGGAAACUUAAAGUUGAAGCCAUAAGACACUUUCAAUACAAUGAUGUCACUAUCGAAAAUGACUUAGCUCUGUUGAAAUUGACAGAGAAACUUACUUUCAACUCGUCAGUUAGGCCGAUUUGCAUUUCUAACCGUAAAAUUUUGGAGGUGUAUGACGUUUGUGUGGUCACUGGAUGGGGACGCACGGACCCUGGUUGA